AUGCGCGAAUAUUUUCGUCGUGGCACCAAAGCAAUAGAGACGUCGAACAAAGUAUCCGCGGUCUCGCACACGCGGCUUAUAGACGUAGGCGUGGUAGAAGAAGGAAGCAAACGGAAACGUAACAAAAUCAAAACAUCUAAGUACACUCUCCUCAUGUUCAUACCUAAAAACUUGAGUGAGCAGUUUCGGAGAGUCGUUAACUUCUAUUUCUUGAUUGUAACCGUUAUCGCAAUAAUUAUAGAUAGUCCAGUAUCGCCGCUAACGAGUAUCGCACCGUUGAGUUUCAUGGUGUUCGUGACGGCGGUGAAGCAAGGUUAUGAGGACUGGCUCCGGCAUAAAGCUGAUAACAAAGUCAACAAUCAAAUUGUAGAAGUAGUGUACAAAGGUGUUAUAAAAGAGGUUCGUAAUUCUUCAAUCGCUCCCGGUACAUUAGUGCGAGUGAAACGCGGUAAAGAAGUGCCGGCAGAUUUAGUGCUAUUGUGUUCAGCGAGCGAGAAGGGCAAGUGUUAUGUGACUACGGCCAACUUGGAUGGAGAGACUAAUCUGAAGACCUUAAGGGUUCCACCGCCAUUAGUUGGAUAUACAGCAGAUAUAAUCCCACAGGGAAUCCGCAUAGAGGUCCCGCACCCUGUUGCAGAUUUGUACACGUUUUACGGUCGCUUAGAUAUUCCCAAUUUUAAUAGUUUGCCUCUCAGUACUGAUAACUUGAUGCUCAGAGGGUCGAGGGUCAAAAAUACCGAAUGGGCUAUUGGGUGUGCUGUUUAUACGGGCGAAGAAACAAAAUUGGCUCUCAAUUCCAAAUACUCGGGGAACAAGUUCUCAUCUUCUGAAACGGCAGUCAAUGGAUUUUUGAUCCUUUUUAUAUAUUUGUUGAUAUUAGAAAUAACUGCCUCAUUAGUGGCAAAGACGUUAUUGGAAAAGUGGUAUACAGGCCGUGAUAUAUAUUUGGGACCGGGGCCGGAGUUUCCUUUGGGUGUAUCAAAUAUUUUACAGGACUUAUUCUCCUUUUUGUUACUCUAUUAUUACAUCAUCCCUAUGUCUUUAUAUGUCACCAUUGAGCUAUAUAAGUUUAUUGGUGCACUGUUCAUCGGUUGGGACGAAGAUCUCCGAUGUGAGGAGACGGGCAGGCCUGCCGUGGCCAACACGUCCGACCUUAAUGAGGAAUUAGGUCAAGUUGAAGUGCUUUUCUCAGAUAAAACCGGCACUUUGACGAAGAAUCUCAUGGUAUUCAAAUCAUGCUCCAUAAAGGGUCGAGUUUACGAAGAAAGAGACUCGAAAUUGUACGAUACCGAACGGUUAGACGAGCCCGUUGAUACACUUCAGACAGAUAUCAAAUUUUUCUUCACAAUUCUCGCGUUAUGUCACUCAGUACAAUUAUCUGGCGAGGAUAUGAAAACGUUGAGCGCGCGUUUGUCCGGGAACCAAAACUUACAGAUUAUGAACUUAUUUAGAAGGAAAAAGCAGUCUAAAGUGAAUGGAAACAACGUCCUAAAUGACGUAAACUGGAACGCUAUUAUUAAUGCAAAUGGCAGUAAAAUGGACUACCAAGGCAGUAGUCCCGAUGAAAAAGCGUUAGUAGAAGCGGCCGAUAGAGUCGGCGUAACCUUUUUAGGAGAAGAAGGCAACAAUUUGUUGGUUAAAGUUGGUAAUCACACGGAAAUGUAUGAAAGGUUACAGUUGAUAGAGUUCACUUCAGAAAGGAAGCGAAUGUCUAUCAUUGUUAGGGAUAAAGAUGGAAAAAUUUGGUUAUUUUGUAAAGGAGCUGAAACAUCAGUAUUUCCAAUUUGCAAAGACUCUGUAUUAAUAGAACAGACGGAAAGAGAUAUCAAUUACUUUGCGAAUGAGGGUCUCAGAACUCUCGCGAUUGCGUACAGAGAAAUACCUGCUGAAGAAUAUGUAAAGGUGGCUGAAUCAAUAAACACAACGGAUACGUCUCAAGGCGGGCUGGUGGCGGCCACGCUGCGCUACCACGCGCUGGAGCACUCGCUGUCGCUGCUGGGUGCAUCGGCGGUGCAGGACGUGCUGCAGGACGGCGUGGCCGACACCAUCGCGGCGCUACGGCGCGCCUCCGUGCGCGUGUGGGUGCUCACGGGGGAUAAGGUAGAGACAGCAAUCAACGUAGCACAAUCCUGCGCUCACAUAUCCGAGAACGACCGCCGUCUCUUUCUAAUAGGCAUAGAAACAGAAGAAGCUCUCAAGACGCACUUAGAGCUGUGCCUGCGCACGCUUGGCGAGCCCAGCUACCGCGACGUGUCGCUGGUGGUGGACGGCACCAGCGUGGCCACCAUCCUGGACACACCCUACGCGCCCGUCUUCGUGGAUAUAUCCCUCCAGUGUAAUGCCGUGCUUUGCUGUCGGCUCUCUCCUAUACAGAAAGCUAAGAUAGUAAAAUUAGUAAAACAAAGCCCCAAACGGCCGAUAACCGCCGCCAUCGGCGAUGGCGCCAACGACAUCUCCAUGAUACAGGAGGCCCACGUCGGCUUCGGCCUAUUCGGUAAAGAGGGACAUCAAGCUGCCAGAUCAGCAGACUAUGCGUUCACAAAGUUUUGUAUGAUAAAGAAGGUUCUACUUGUGAUGGGGCAUUGGUACUACCAGCGGAUGGCCACGCUCAUACACUACUUCUUCUACAAGAAUCUGGUGAUGGGCAACAUUAUUUUACUAUUCCAAACAAACUCUGCGUUCUCAACGCAGUCGAUAUUCGACUCGAUGUACUUGACGUUUUACAACCUGGUGUUCACGUCGGUGCCGUGCCUGCUGCUGGCCGUCACCGACCAGCGCUACCCCGCAGACUUGCUGCUCGAAAACCCAACACUAUAUCGUGAUAUAAGAAAGAACAAACUACUAUCGUGGCCGUACUUCGGCGCGUGGUUUCUGGCUGCUCUCUACCACUCGCUCGUCAUAUACUACUUCUCUAAGAAGCUGUUUGAAGUGCCAGUUGUUAAUGGAGAUGGUAUGACGGUGGAUCUUUGGGCGUUCGGUGCGACGCUGUUCCACCUGCUGAUAGUGACGGUGACGCUGAAGCUGUGCCUGCAGGCGCGCUACCAAACGCCCGCGCUCGCGCUCGUCGCGCUGCUCUCGCUGCUCGCCUACGUCGGCUUCAACGCUCUCUACUCGAUUGUCUAUAUACAAUUAGACGGUGACGUGCUCGGCACGUACACGAGGCUACUAAAGUCACCCUCUUUCGGGUUCUUGAACUUACUAGUAAUAGUGGCGACGCUCGCGCCCGACCUCUGUGCGCGCCUCGCCUGCGACACGUGGGGCAGGAGGAACAUCAAGAGGAAGCCUAUGCCAAGUACUAGUUUUACUACGAGACUC